AUGUCUGCUUCUGCGUCGACUGGCUCCCCAACGCUGCGUCGGGCGACAGCUAGAAGCUCGUCCCAGGAAAACCCGACGACUUUGGAGGAUAAGAUGUCAGCUCGUACUGACCUUGCUUCUUCUCUCAAGAAGUCUGCAACUGCCCUUUCCUCCAGCAAGCUUGGCAAUCAGGCUGCACCAAAGAAGAUGAAGACUAGCCACGAGUCCAGCCCUUCUACGGAACUCAACCCCAUGGACAAGCUGCUCGCAAAGCUCUCGGAGCAGUCGGCUGCCAUCAAUAAGCAACACGAAGCUCUCAAGUACUCGGAGGAUAACCUUGCCUACUCUCGCACCAUGGAUUUUGUCUCUGCCAGCAGCUCUCUGCCACCCACGCCAGCCACCGAUACCAAGAACACUAGUACCGCCCCGAGCACUGGCCCAGCAAGUGUCAUUGGCGAGGAAACUACAAAUGUGGGCGAUGAUGAAGUCCUCCGUCUGAAGCUCGAGCUCGAGGCCGCCAAAAACAAACUCGCUCGCAUGGAUCAAGAGCUUGCUCAAAGCCGCAUCAGGAAGCAUACCAUAGAUCAAGCGAUGGGUUCUAUCUCGGAAGCUGAUUACCCAUUGACCGUCGUUGAUAAUGGCCUCAAUCCCAACCUGCCACAGCACACCGUUCGCCCCCACAUCCAGCGUGAUAAUUCUUGGGCAGCUCAGGAGGAUUCUCGCUCUGAUACUAGUGAUGCACUCUCUGCUAAUGAGUUCAAUCGGUCUCGUUCAAUCUGGGGCAAUGGCGGGAGACCUCCAUUCAACGGCCAGGGCUCUGUUCCUGCAUACCCACCCCCGGACGCACUUGCCCCAACUCAGUGGAUGAAUCGCGGUUUUGCCCAACCCUUCGACACACCAAUGCCAUUUUCUGGUCCACCUCAGGCUAUGAACUCUUUCCGGGGAGACCGUAUGAUGCCCGACCCAGAUCUUCUGACGGCUCCUCCCGCUAGUCGUCGUAAUAAUCAAAUGGGUGGUCGCUUUGCCCGUGGCUCCUUCCCCUACGCAAGCAGCAACUCUUCCUACGAUGGUUACACUUCUGCUACGACCCAAUACGGCUCUGUUGGGGGUAUGGGCGGCGGCGUUGCCCCUAUGGGCGGACAAAUGGGCAUGGAUGCAGGCAUGAACGGGGGUGGUAGCGUAUACGGUGGCUAUCAACCUCAACCAAUCGGCACCCCACUGUCCCCUCAUGCUCCCGAGUUCACGUCCGGUCAUUCAGGAUAUGCGCCCAAUACCGAAGGCCAGACCUAUCUGCCAACCACCGAACCUCUCAACUACCGCCGUCUUCUUGAUCGUACUGUCAACUGCAAUUGGAAGUACAUUGUCGACAAAAUCGUCUGCAACAACGAUCAGCAGGCUUCAAUUUUCCUUCAGCAGAAGCUUAAGGUUGGCACAACAGAACAGAAGUUUGAUAUUGUCGAAGCAAUUGUCGCUCAAGCAUAUCCUUUGAUGGUGAACCGGUUUGGAAACUUCUUGGUUCAGCGUUGCUUUGAACAUGGCACUACUGAACAGGUAAACAAGAUUGCGGAGGCCAUUCGCGGUAAUACCUUGAAUCUCUCCAUGGACGCAUUUGGCUGCCAUGUCGUCCAGAAGGCUUUCGAUUCUGUUCCCGAGGACUACAAGGCCAUCAUGGUUCACGAGCUCCUUCGCCGCAUCCCAGAGACCGUCAUUCACCGUUAUGCUUGCCACGUUUGGCAGAAAUUGUUUGAACUUCGCUGGACCGAGUCUCCGCCUCAGAUCAUGAAGUACGUCAAUGAGUCUCUUCGUGGCAUGUGGCACGAGGUCGCUCUUGGCGAAACUGGUAGCUUGGUUGUCCAGAACAUCUUUGAGAAUUGUCUAGAAGAAGACAAGCGCCCCUGCAUUGAAGAGGUUCUUGCGAGCAUCGACAUCGUUGCCCAUGGUCAAUUUGGCAACUGGUGCAUUCAGCAUAUUUGCGAGCAUGGUGCUCCAGCUGACCGCAGCAGAGCAAUCGACCAUGUCAUCCGUUAUGCUUCCGAGUACAGCAUGGACCAAUUUGCCUCCAAAGUUGUUGAGAAAUGCCUCAAAAUUGGUGGUGUCGACUUCCUCGGCCGCUAUCUUGACCGUGUUUGCGAAGGUCGUCUUGAUCGCCCCCGCAUUCCGUUGAUUGACAUUGCAAGUGAUCAGUACGGAAACUACCUCAUCCAGUACAUUCUCACUCACUCCAAUCCUCAACACCGCGAGAUUGUUGCUCAGCAUAUCCGAAAGCAUAUGGUCUCUCUCCGUGGAUCUAAAUUCGGUUCUCGAGUUGGCAUGCUCUGCACCAACCCCGCCAUCCAGACUCGCCCUGGUCCUGGUGUUGGCCCAUCCAUUGGCGCCCCCGUUCCUCGUAUGGUUCCUCAACAGCCUCCUCGCUAUGGUGGUGCUUAUCGCUAG